AAUUUUUUUUUUCUUUUCUUUUGUCUUCCCCCCCUCUCUCUAACCCAAAAGCAUACUUCCAAAUUUCCAAACUCAAAAACCGCCAUAGUUGAGAUCAUUGAUUGUUUGUCUCUCUCUUAAGCUUUUUUCCCCUUCACUUUUCCGCAAAGCCCCUUGAUUCUCUCACUGUGCAGCCUCGGAUUUUGCCCCUCAAUCGAACUCUGAUCCAGUGGGACUGUUGGGAUGAGACUGGUUUUGAAUGGGAAAAUGCUGAUGAAAUGAACGCUUUCAAGUUUCGGGUCUUCCUUUCAUGCCCUGUCUAGUAGUGUAACGGUCAGUGUACAGCUCUUAAUGGCAAAGCGCGUGUUCGAAGUCUGGAAAGGAAGUAAUAAGUUCAUAUGCGGAGGGAGGUUAAUGUUUGGGCCUGAUGCUAGGUCUCUGCUCGUCACUUUGUUGCUGAUUACUGUUCCAGUUAUCAUAUUUUGUGUAUUUGUAGCAAGGCAUCUUCGACAUGAAUUUUCUUCAUAUAACGCUGGACAUGCCAUUCUAGUGGUAGCAAUUCUCUUUACUAUUUAUGUGCUGGUCAUUCUCUUUCUUACUUCAUCUCGUGAUCCGGGCAUUAUUCCAAGGAAUUCACAUCCACCAGAGGAAGAAUUUCGUUAUGACUCUUCAGUUGGUGGUGAAGUUGGGGGACGACAAACACCAGGUCUUCAGUUCCCUCGAACAAAGGAUGUAAUGGUCAAUGGCCGUACUGUAAGAGUGAAGUAUUGUGACACUUGUAUGCUGUAUCGUCCUCCUCGUUGCUCACAUUGCUCUAUUUGUAACAAUUGUGUUGAGCGAUUUGAUCACCAUUGCCCUUGGGUGGGACAAUGCAUUGGACUGAGGAACUACCGUUACUUCUUUCUGUUUGUUUCUUCAGCAACCCUUCUUUGCAUCUAUGUCUUUUCCUUCUCAGCUUUCUACAUUAAGGUUCUGAUGGAUAAUUAUCAUGGGACAGUUUGGAAGGCAAUGAAAGAAUCUCCUGCGUCUGUGAUACUAAUGGCUUAUUGUUUCUUCUCCUUGUGGUUUGUUGGUGGGCUUACAGGCUUUCAUUUGUACCUCAUAGGCACUAAUCAGACUACCUAUGAAAACUUCCGGUACAGAUCUGACAGCAGAGUUAAUGUUUAUAAUCAAGGCUGUUUAAAUAAUUUUCUUGAAGUAUUUUGCACCAAGGUAAAGCCUUCAAGGAACAAUUUCCGGGCUUUUGUCACUGAGGAGGUACAGAGGCCACCCUCGGCAGUCACUCCCCGAGAACCUGAAGCAGAUGAUCUGGGUGGAGAUCCCCGUCGUAAGGUUGAAGAUGAUCUGGAUAUUGGUGAAGAUUUAUUGAAGAUUUCACAACGGAGGAACAUUGAAGAAAUUGAUGAGGAUAUUCGCAGCAGAGGAAGCAAUGGACUUCCCCAUAAUACUUCUGAAGUUGAUUCAGCUUUUGGUUCUGAUCAUCGCGCCCCUUCGAUCAGAUCCGACAUCCGGCAUUCGAGUUGGGGAAGGAGAAGUGAGAGCUGGGAAAUCGCACCAGAAGUCCUUGCCAAUUCAAAUGUCACUGAAAGCAGAAGCUACACUGCUGCAAAGGAGGUGAGAUGAUUCUUCCUUGAAAUUCAAUGAAUCAUCAUCCAUAGAAAAUGUAAAAUCAUUUCAAUUUUUCAAGAGAUUAAAAUGGAAAUGGGGUGUUGAAUUGAUUGGUCCUUUCAAUAUAAAACUUAGAUUGGCCAUUUUGUUGUAAUCCUAGCCCCUUAGGAAAGCAUAUAAAUGUGUGUUCGUUUUUGUUUUGAGAGGCGAAGAGAUAUUGUCUUGUUCAAUUUCUGUCUUUCCUUCCUCGAGUGUGUAUGGUAUCUCAGUACUGCAGGCUUAUUCUUUUGUUUGUAUAGCUAGUUAUGAUACUGAGGAAUUUCCCCAACUGUAAAAACUUAGUCAUGUCCAUGGAGAUUUGUGAGGCCUCUUUUCA